UUUUGUGUCUAUCCUCUCUAUAUACAUUUUUCCAAAUUAAUUCUAAUCAAUUUUUACUCACAUUUCUUAGCAUAAAAAUCUUCAUCAUAUUCUUCUGCUUAUCCAAAAAAACAAAAAGUAAAAAAUGGGGCUGCUUUCUAAUAGAAUUGAUAGGAGCAGCCUUAAACCUGGAGAUCAUAUUUAUUCUUGGCGUGCUGCUUAUAUUUAUGCUCAUCAUGGUAUCUAUGUUGGUGAUAAUAAAGUCAUUCACUUCACAAGACAUGGUCAAGAAGUAGGAACUGGGACUAUUUUGGAUCAUAUCCUGGUAAGCUCAAUUCCAAAUCGGUCUCCUAUUCCUUGUACCGUUUGCACCUCACCAUCAGAUGGUCACGGAGUAGUCUCGUCAUGCUUAGACUGCUUUCUUGCUGGAGGUAUCCUCUAUCGCUUUGAAUAUGCUGUAGCCCCCGCUAUCUUCCUCGCAAAAGCACGUGGAGGAACGUGCACUCUUGCAGUCUCGGAUCCAGAUGACUUAGUGGUCCAUCGAGCAAAUUACCUUCUUACUAACGGCUUUGGAUUGUACAAUGUGUUCAAGAACAACUGUGAGGACUUCGCCAUCUAUUGUAAGACCGGACUGCUCGUGAUAGAUUCUGGUCCAAUGGGACAAAGUGGACAAGCAGUGUCCUAUAUCGGCGGGCCACUUGCAGCUGUGAUGUCAACACCACUACGUCUUGUUACCACUAAUGUAUACGGGAUGGCAGCGACAGCUGUCGGGGUCUAUUGUGCUAGUCGCUAUGCAGCUGAUAUUGGCAUGCGGAGGGAUGUGGUGAAGGUGUCUGUGGAAGAUCUAACGACGAGGCUAACAACUGGCUCGUUACAGGUUGUUGAACCGAGCCUCCCAGCUUUGCCAGCUACUGUUAGCUAGUCGUAUUGUUUCUUGAUAUAUGUAAUAAUAAUGUGUUUAGGAUCGGAAAGUGAACGUUCUUUUUUAUCUGUUGGAGCCUCUUGGUUUAUGUCUAAGGCUCUGCAAGUGUACUUUAUUGCGUGCUGUUUUGCCUCAAAAAAAAUAAUGUAAUGUGACUAUUGUGAUUGUGAUGUUCAA